AUGAUUCUAACUUCAGAGAUGAGUCCAAACUACAGUGAUUCAACUACAUUGGGUUCGGCAACUACAUGGAAUACGCCAACGUCAAACAUAGAGGGCCUAACUAUUGGUUCAACCGUUGCUGCACUCAAACACACAACCACGAGUUUCAUCGAGGCGAUUACGCUUGGCACGACGCUCAAUGAUACGCUCGACACAUCCGUUGCUACAACGGAGCUAUUCACCGUUAGGGAGGCAAAUGACACCGAUCCAGAUGCCUUGUUCAUACACCCUCAUUGGCGGCAGUUCGAUAUUGAAGGAAUCCCCGCCAUUUGGCACUAUGCUGUCGGCAUAUUCAUCACGAUUGUUGGGAUCACUGGCAUGACAGGAAACUUCCUCGUGAUUUAUAUGUUUUCAUCGGUGAAGGCACUUCGUACUCCACAAAACAUGCUUCUGAUCAACCUGGCGAUUAGCGACUUCACGUUCUCAGCAGUUAAUGGGUUCCCCCUACUGACAAUUUCUAGUUUCAACCAGCGCUGGAUGUGGGGAAACGCCACAUGUAAGUUCUAUGCCUUCAUUGGUGCGGUUUUUGGGUUCAUGUCCAUCGACACCCUAGCUGUUAUAUCUUACCAGCGUUAUAAGGUGAUAAAGCGCCCUAUGGAGGCCGUUGUGAAGAUGACACACAAGCGAACGGCCGUUUGGAUCUUAGCUAUAUGGAUAUGGGCAGUUGGUUGGAGCCUUCCACCAUUCUUCGGCUGGGGUGACUACAUCCCUGAAGGCUUUCAAACAUCGUGCACAUUCGACUAUUUGACCCUUAAUAUCAACAACAUAACAUUCAACCUGACCAUGUAUAUGAUCCAUUUUGUGCUGCCUGUUGGUUUCAUUACAUACAACUAUGUUGGGAUCGUUCGGGCAGUUCUGAAGCAGAAAAGAAUCCUAAAAGAUCAAGCAAGUAAAAUGAAAGCGAAGAUGACAUCAGCCGAUAAGCGUUUCAGCACCGAGAUUUCAUUGGCUCGUACGUGUUCCAUUCUAUGCGUGCUUUACUUGCUCUCCUGGGGUCCGUAUGCGACGGUUGCUCUUGCAGCUUUGCUGAAUUACCAAACGUACGUAACCCCAUUCGUCUCUGAGCUCCCCGUCAUGUUCGCAAAGGCCUCUGCGUGUUAUGAUCCGAUCGUCUACGCCCUGUCCCACCCUAGAUUCAGAACAGAACUCUACCGAAAGUUCCCCUGUCUAUGCUCUUGUCUACGGCCACCUCCCGGGUUCGGUUCUACGGCUAACAGCCACGGUCGCACUGAUUCUAGGCACGGCAGCCAAAUGAGCCAAAGCAGCGUUACGGAAACAUCUGUAGAUCAUGUCCCUAUGCCGAACAAAAACAAAUUGAAGCGUUCGGUCAAGAAGGUACAGAACAGCAUACGACAGCAGAAGCAAACGUUGGCGGCAAAGACUGAUGGUGGUAAGGACAACGCUGCGUAUGUUGCAGAUGAGGAAGCAAAUAGUAAGAAGAAAUCUGGUGAGAAUGAACUGAAGACGAUAUCAGGGGCAGUGGAGGAAACAGAGGCUGGUGCUAGUGAGAAGAAUAACCAAGCAGUAGAUGCAACUACAGAGCUGUAACUAAGAACAAACUUUGAAGUAUUUUCUUAACGGUACUGGCACCGAGACAGUUGAUUGUAGCGUAUUACGAGGAAACGAUAGUAUUGUGUACGAGAAAACGUCUGAGAUUUUCCAGUGGCUAUGAACAUGGGAUCCAAUUUUAUAGCUUGAUAUCAUGAAUUACCAGGAAAAGAUCGUGUUGUGUACAUUAGAAAAGCC